UAUUUUUUCCGCCUUGUUCACAACAGUCCGACUCCAUAAAUUAAAAUCUUCUGCACACGCGAACAAAACUUUCAUCCACGGCGGCGCAGGCGCAACCCCCGUCAAUUGAAGUGAUUAUUGGCCACUGCAGAAAGUCAGAGCAUCUCCAUUGCUUGUUCAUCCGCCCAGAUCUGAAUAAUUUCAGUUCGACUCCAUAGGGAUCUAAAUCCAUCUACAAUCUCAUGGCUCCAGCCGCUCCAAAAUCCGGCGAUGCGAUUUUUGCCAGUGUUGAUCGUGUGAACUCGGAGCUGUUUACUCUCACAUAUGGCGCUAUCGUGCGCCAGCUGCUAACCGAUCUGGAGGAGGUGGAGGAGGUCAAUAAGCAGCUCGAUCAAAUUGGUUACAAUAUCGGGGUCAGGCUAGUUGAUGAGUUCCUAGCAAAGUCUAAUAUGUCGAGGUGUGUUGACUUCAGGGAAACAGCUGAAGUAAUUGCAAAGGUUGGUUUCAAGAUGUUCUUAGGAGUCACUGCAUCUGUAACUAACUGGGACUCAGAAGGGACAACUUGCAGUUUAAUUUUGGAGGAUAAUCCUUUAGUGGAAUUUGUUGAGCUUCCUGAUACUUGUCAAGGUCUUCGCUAUUGCAACAUUUUGAGUGGUGUUGUCAAAGGAGCUCUUGAUAUGGUGUCGAUGAAAACUGAGGUCACAUGGCUCCGUGACAUGCUUAGAGGGGAUGAUGUAUUCGAGUUGCAGGUCAAACUUCUCAAACAAAUCUCUGAGGAGUAUCCAUAUAAAGAUGAUGAGUAACUUUCUUUCUUUGAUAUCUGAGUACCUAUAAUCUGGAUUUCAUGAAACGGAAAGUAAUGAAGGGAAGAUAAUGAGGAAGUAUUGAUAAAUUUCUGGAUACAUGUGUCUGAUUACAUGUCUGGAUAAAUUUCAAAAUAUUGAUAAUUCUGAUAUCACCCUUCAUGGACACAUUGAAAUUGAAUCGUGAUGUAGCUUACUUUUUUAAGUUAUUAUCUGCUGUUCGACUAACAUUUGCUUGAUCAAAUGCUGUAGAAAAUAGGAAAUCAAGGUAGUGAAAGUUCAGAAUAUGUU